CACUCGCUUUCUCGCCAACAUGCCGCUGACUGCAGCGCCGCAUAAGCAAGUGUACCAGUUCCUUGUGGUUAACGUGGGGCUGCCCGUGGUGAUCUACUACGUCGGCCGAGAGUUCACGUCCGAAGCACUGGCGUUGGCGUUGUCAGCGAUCCCACCAGCAAUUGAAGCCCUGGUUCAAAUGCUGGCGUUCCAGACGGUGGACCCGCUCUCUGUGUUUCAAAUCGUGUCCAUUUCACUCGCCAUUGCGUUCAUGUGUGUGACCAACGACCCUCGGCUGCUCUUUCUCAAGGACUCGCUCACUACUGCGCUGUGUGGCGUGGCUCUAAUUCUGUCGACCACGUGGAAACAAAACCUCGUGUUGCGGUACUACUUGACGGGGGUUUCCGACGAUUCAAAGCAAGAUACCCCGCACCUGGCGCAACAAUGUGCGCAUAUUUGCUACGUCUGGGGCAGCCUCUUCAUCGCGGAAGCCCUCGUUCGCGUUGGAUUUAUUUAUACGUGCUCCACGGACGUCAUGGUGAUCCUGUCCCCGUGUAUGGCGCUGCUUUGCUCGGCCGUGGGUAUUCUCUGGGCUAGACGAUAUUUGGCCGCCCAAAAUUGUUGCGAUGGUUGUUCCACAGUGGAAAUGGUUCAAGGGGUACCUUACAACCCACCACCAAUUAAAAUCGCGUAAUUGAGCAAACUAGCUGUAGCGAUGCAAACUUGAAUGGGAUUGUGGGUGAUAAGCUUAGCAGUUUCCAGUGGAGAAGACAAUCCAUCGGAGCCUAGCU